AUGGCACCGCGAGCUUUGCACUGGGUCUUUAAGGUCCCCCAGCGCAGCAGCACCAUCAAGUUUUACACAGAGGUGCUUGGCAUGCAAAUCCUACGUCAUGAGGAGUUUCAAGAAGGUUGCGCCGCUGCUUGCAACGGGCCCUAUGAUGGGAAAUGGUCCAAGACCAUGGUGGGCUAUGGCAGCGAAGACGAUCACUUUGUCGUGGAGCUGACUUACAACUACACCAUCAAGGAUUACAACCUCGGCAACGACUUCAAUUGCAUUACCAUUCACUCCACAGAGGCCUACGCGGCAGCCCUGGCCCAGUCCGAGUUUCCCGUCACCCAAACGUCCGAGGACAAGCUUCGCAUCAAGGUCACGGGUGGCUACGAUUUUCAGAUUGUCAACGCCCUGGCGGAGGGCGACCCCGUCCAAUCUGUGGCCCUCAAUAUUACCAACAUUGAGCAAAGCGUCGCCUACUGGCAGGGCAUCCUGGGCAUGGAGAUUGUUGCGCGCAGCGACACCCAAGUUCGGCUGCGCUACACUGCUAAUCAGCUCGUGCUCAACAAAAUCCCGGGAGAUGUUCCGUUGUCCCAUGGCACUGCAUACGGCCGGAUUGCGUUUUCCUGCCCUGCCGACAACCUUGCCAUCAUCGAAAGUCGAGUCAAGGCCGCUGAUCACAAGGUCUUGACCCCUCUCGUGUCCUUGGACACACCUGGCAAGGCUACGGUACAGGUUGUUAUUCUAGCCGACCCUGAUGGCUAUGAAAUCUGCUUUGUCGGGGACGAAGCCUUCCGCGAGCUAUCCCAGGCAUGUAACACUUGA